UCCGGUUGAGCAUUGUAGCUGGUUGGAAAACUCAGCGUAUUUACACUUUGGCUCACGAUGUACGGUCAUCUGAAUUAAACUGAAAUAUCGUCGCACAUUGCAGAACAUUAUAAGUGCAAUAUUAAAAUAUUUUUUAAAGGCUUACUGCAAAUUUUGUUCAAAUUUCAAAGGAUUUUUAAAGAAAUAAAUGAGAAAAAGAACGGAUGAAAAUAGAUAACAUAGAAGUCUUCAGCAAAGAAAAUAAAUUUCUCAGAUCUCUGGCAACAUCAGAUUGAGAGAGAGAGUCUCUCAUUCAAAUUCGUCUGCAUCCAAAAGGUUUGGUGUUCCAUGAAAGGAUAUUCAAGAACUGGAAUGAAGAGGGAAUGCAGCAGCACCUUUGCUUCACGCUUCGUGGAACUUCUGGAAAGAAAUUAGAACAGACCAUCUGGACGGUUACCUGAAAUAAACGCGCACGCUUGAGAUUAUGCGAGGAAGUGCGUGAAUUUUAAAGAUUAACGGUGUGAUCCAGAACGUGAUCGUCAUUGAAUGGAUGCCAUCGCCACGCCGGUCACCGCCGUCUCACCUCCCCAAAGCUGGUCUUGUACUAAUGGUGGCGCACAUGCUUGCGGUGUCGGGGGUGCCGGCACGUACCACCUGUGCAGGGGGAGAGUGGAGGUGUGGAGGAGACGACGGAGGCGGCAAAUGUAUCAGCCUCAACAAGUUCUGCGAUGGAAUAGAAAACUGUGAAGACGGCUCAGACGAACCCUUGGGAUGCACAAAUUGUAAUCGCACUUUCUAUGGAGAAGCCAAUGUAAAGUAUCCUCUACGUGUAACAGGACCAUUUCAGAGAUAUCUUCCUUUCGUUUGUAAGAUAACAUUUGUUGCUGCUGGAAAGGAAUUUGGAGAUUUUGUUGAACUGACAUUCUUGUCUUUCCAAAUUGGAAGACUUGAGCUUACGAGAAAUCAAACAUCCAUCUGCCAGAAAGGUUACUUGAAGAUUUCUGAGUGGUCAGAUAGUUCAAGAGAUUGGGAUGAUGAUGCAUCAAUUACAUUCUAUUCUCCUGGAAGAUAUUCAUCGGUAUUCCCAAGAGUGCCUGAAGAAUCUAUUACCCGUUUAUCGCCAAAUUUUGGCGAAUUUUGUGGCUCUAUGAUUGAAAGGAGUGUCACCUUUUUCUCCCAAGGCAGUAAUGUUAGUGUAAUGGCUGUCGUGCCCAGUAGGGCUUCUAUACCUUCGACAUCAUUUAGUCUGUACCUUACUUACAGAUUUUUGAAGCGCAGACCUACACAAGAAAGUGGAAAAUCGAGCUACAUGGGUCGUCCAGUUCCAGGAACAUACUGUGAUCGUGAGUUUCUUGAUUGCCAUAGCAACCGACGCUGCAGAAUUAGAACUCCUAACUUUCCUGGAUUUUAUCCGAGAAAUAUUACAUGUCACUAUUUUAUUAGACAUCCGAAAGCUCCUGAGGGAUACACGGCCAAAAUUGUUUUAUCUCAACCGAAUGACUAUAAAAUCUCAGUUCCCACUGGCAGAGCGACUUCCACGAGUGGUACCAGUUUCUUAUUAUCCACAGACUGUAUCAGUGGCGAUGCUGUUCGAAUUUACGAUGGUCCAUCCACUCGAUCUCCACAGAUCUUGGAAUUCUGCGGAUCAGGAUCUUUACCAGAGAUUGUUUCCAGUGGUAACGAGCUCCUGGUACAAAUCUACAGUGCUCCCUAUCAGCAUCUGAGUAACUCAAGGGUGGAGAUUGAAGUUUCAGUAAGAUAUGAGAUGGUCCAAAUUGAAACUCCAGAAGACAACGGACGUUGUCUUUAUACCUUAGAUGGCACAAAAAGACGUUGGGGUCUGCUUCACAGCCCAAAACAUACCAUGCCACCAAACACAAACUGUACAUAUAGAUUGAUCGGAGCCUCUAAACAUGAUAGAAUUUGGUUGUACUUCGUCUCAUUUUUCGCCCUCGUCGAAAAACAACCCACUUCACCGAACACUGAAAAUUCUUGCUCUGUAAGCAAGUUAGAAAUCUAUGACUUAGGAGAAGCUAAGUCGAAUGUAAGUGGAAGUUCAUCUGGCAUCUCUGAGCCUAGUCAUCUUUUCUGUGGUGAAACUGGCCCACGACUUUGCGCUCAUGCUGCAGAUUAUCCACCGAAAUAUUUACCACCAAGGCCCUGUGAGGUUCCAAAUGAAAGCUACUUCUCUCAGGGCUCCGAAAUGAUCAUCAGACAUCGCUUCCUUUCUUUUGCAUCUGAACUUCUGACAACCUCGACAAGUUCUUUCACAGCUCGAUACGAAUUUAUUGACACUAACCAGCAAGGUACUCAGAUUGAUCAUUCUGAAUGCGACAGACGACUGGACAGCAGACUUGGUAAACAAGGAACGAUCGCAAAUUCUAGAAAUGUGUUCCUCUAUGGAAGAGGUGGCCGCCAUAAUCUGACAUGUAUGUUUCAUUUUGUUGGACUUCCCACAGAAAGACUCAAACUGACAAUUAAGAAAGCAAGACUUAAAAACAACAAAUCCUUGUGCAGUUCUUAUUAUGAUCCCGUGUUCCAAAGACACGGUUGUCGAAUGUCAGCCGUUCGACAAGGAUUUCCACAAUCUCUGUCGUGGUCUCUUCUAGGAGCUUCUGAACACUGGUCUGGUUAUUCAUCUCCAGUUGGCUGUACAUGUGAUGCAGCUAUUGAAAAAGAUUCCCAAGCCAUGGUUUUUGAGUCUGUCGUGAGUAACGUCAAACUGAACUUUGAAAUUGUUGGAAUGAGCCAUCUUGAAGACUUCGAGGAUUAUUUUUUCGAAGCAGACUAUGAAUUUUUGAAUUAUUCUUUGUGUGAUAUUGGACUUCGUCGACAUUCUGGACUGAGUGGAGACGGGAUCUUGUCAUUCCAGUUGCCGUCAUCUCAUUCAAAGGUGCCUUCCCCUUCUAGGCCCAUUCGAUGUCGUUGGAAGAUUGAAGCUUCUCCCCACAAGCAUCUUUAUUUAAAAUUCAAAGGCUUUAAUGCAUCGAUAGUUGAAGAGUGCCCUCUAGGAAGUCGACUUCUUGUUUACCUGGAUCCACAUGAGAAACCCGUAGCGAACGCUUGCGUCGACAGUGACAAAUCUGACCAAAAGGCGGAUGAACUAGUGGAAUUCGACAUCUUCUCCCACACGUGGUACAAUGAGUCCCGAAACAAGAUUCAUGGGCAAGAACGGGACAGGUUGUUUGUAGAAAUGGUCUCAUCACACGAUUCGGCAUCAUUUGUGAUACAAUGGCUUGAAGUGACAAGACCAUUUGUCAGAACUCAGUCAGGUCAGACUCUCAGGAACGUUGAUUGCUUGUUCGAAUGUCCUGAAAUUGGUGCCUGCAUCGACCCUGAAUUAUGGUGUGAUGGCACUGCGCAUUGUCCUUCAGGAUUCGAUGAAUCACCUGAUCACUGUAAAUAUUUUCCAGUGGCCUAUGUAUCUUGUGCAGCUGCAGUUGGUUUUGUAACUAUUUUGAUUUUAAUAUGGUUCGCUGUGCGAAGAAGACGGCUGCGGAAGAUGUUGAAAAAAAAGGACAUUCGCCAAUUUCCGCCAGAUGAUUACUGUGUUGAAAGCCCUAUUGGAUAGUUUUAGAGUAACGUGGGAAAUACAUCAGAUGUUUUAGCAUAUUAUGAAUCCAGUCAUGAUGUCCAAGCAGUCAAAUAUACUGUUUGAAAAUUUUAACAUGAAAUGUCCAUUAAUGAACCUGAUGGAACAUUAAAUAAUUUCUACAAUACGUAUUCCAGUGAUAAAUAUUAUUGGACGGUUCAAAUGUCUUUGCAUAUUCGCAGAAUUUGUUUCACAUUUAGAUAUGAAACGUGCAACACGAGUGUCUUUGCUUGCAUAUCAGCUGGAAGGAACUUUUAGAAAUACAAGACUUUCUAAUGACGUGACUGUGAAAACAUAACUACUUAAUCUUCAAGAAUAAAUGCAGAUGAACUGAGAAGUCGUAAAUUGGUGCUCAGAAUUGCUCAUUCUCAGCAGAUAAGUAAGGGGCAAAUAUUUUACGAAUUUCUUGGUGUAGGUGUUAGUUGUUUAUAUCUGAAUAACCUUUUUGAUGUGACAAUGUUUCUUUCAAAGACUUAAACCAAAAAUGGGUGGGUAAUAUUUUGUUGUGAAAAAUAAUGGCUAAGGACUCCUUUUUUCUAUUGAUUAUUUAACACAAAAUAUGAAUUUGAUAUAAGGAUGUGACUACUUUCGGAAUGAUUUUAAAAAAAAAACUUUCGUAAAUAGUUAUAUAUUUAAUUAUUUAUAUUAAAAAUAUUUAAAAAAAACAUCUAGGAAACCAAAAUAUACCAGUUGAGUGGCCAAAGACUUUAAAAAUUGGAAAAAGAGUUGUUUUAUUUUGACUCAAAAGAGAUAUAAAGAAAAACACUUUUGCUUUAGAUGUUUACCAAAUUAUUUGCUUAAAAUUGUGUAGAUAGCUUAAGAAAUAUAUUUUCUAGUUCCUGAAAUAAAAAAUAAGCUGAAUUCUAUUCAUUCUUUAAAUAUUGGGGGGCGACUGAUA